AUUCAGUAGACUACUCUAUGCCGACCAGUACGUUACCGUCAAAGGUAAACAACUUGACAGUUUGUAUAUAUGAAAAUUACUACUUUAACGUCGCUUCAGUUGGUAUGGGCCUUUCGUAAGAAGGCCAUAGAGCAAGUUCUAAAAAAAUUAGUCAGUAAGAUUUUCAACUUCAAGCCCAGUAGAAAGUCGUUAAAACUUUACUUGUGUUACAUAAGUGAAUAAAAUAAUGUUUAUAAAACUCUGCUAGUUUGUGUAUAUUAAAUUAGUAAGAGAAAAGUGCUUUAGGAUUGGUCCUCGAAGGAACUAAGGUGACAGCUUGCUACGGGCAAAUUGUUACCGGCCUCCGUGCAUAGACUGACCGUUAACUAAAGUGUUAGUGUAGUGCAGUGUAGUACAUUUUGUAUUUUAGUGCCUAAGUUAUAAAUAAAAACUGUCAAAAUGUCGGGUUUCGUGAAAAUAGCGAUUGAUGACUACUACUCUGAUAGUAACUGGACCACGAUCAUCAACAAAUAUUGGAUGCUGGCUGAAAGAGUGUCAGAUCCUCGAGUACAAGGAUGGUUCCUGUUCGACACACCGCUGGCGACGCUGGCGAUGGUGGUCGUCUACCUCAGCUUCGUCAUGGUCAUAGGCCCUCUAUGGAUGGCUAACAGAAAGCCCUUCCAAAUCCACCAAGUUUUAGUCUGGUACAACGCCUUCCAAGUGUUUCUAUCAUCUUAUAUGUUCUAUGAGCACUUAAUGUCGGGGUGGUGGGGAGACUACAGCCUAUCAUGCCAACCAGUAGAUUACAGUGAGAGUGAACAAGCCAGAAGAAUGCUGCAUCUAUGCUGGGUGUACUACUUCUCAAAACUAUCAGAGUUCGCAGACACGAUAUUCUUCGUGCUGCGGAAGAAGAAGAGUCAGAUCACUUGGCUCCACUUGUACCACCACUCGCUGACACCUUUUGAGGCGUGGCUCCUUGUCAAAUUCAUCGCUGGUGGCCAUGGAACGUUCUCGAACAUCGUGAACAACUUGGUGCACAUCAUUAUGUACAGCUACUACAUGAUGGCUGCUAUGGGACCGCAGUACCAGAAGUACUUGUGGUGGAAGAAGCAUCUCACUACUCUGCAACUGAUCCAAUUCUUCAUGGUGCUCUUCCACUCGAUAAGCGCUCUGGUCUACGACUGCGGAUACCCCAAAAUCAUUGCUUCAGGCCUGAUCCUUCACUCGACUAUCUUCAUAGUCCUGUUCAUGAACUUCUACAUGCAAGCUUACAAAAAGUCACCGAGGAAGCCUGUCGUCUCCAAAGAGUCCAACAAUAACGACGGCCAUAUGCCAAAUGGCCACGUCAAAGCCAACGGCCAUGCUAACGGCCAUGCUAACGGUCAUGCCAACGGCCAUGCCACCGCCAACGGUCAUGCUACCACCAAUGGACAUGCUAGCACCAACGGUCAUCUUUCAAACGGUCAUCUUAGCAAUGGUGACGUCUCGACCAAAUGUAAUGGCGACACCAGAAACGGAUUCACGAACGGUCAUAUCGCGAAUGGUACAAAAGAGAAGGCGCAUUAGCGUUCGGUUCUACGUAGGUUUAUUAUUAUUUUUAAGGCUUGUGUUGUAGAGAGAGUUGGUUUUUAUAAAGUGCCUAUUUAAUGAAUUGUGAGAGUGAAGCGGCAGCUCUUAAAGAGUGAGGUGGACAUCUUUGUCUUGGUUAUAAAAACUGGAGAUAUUUAAGACAGAAUGUACAUUUAUGCUGUUGAAAGAGCAGUUUGUCUGAACAAAGUUAGUCAGAAUUUCAAAUAAUAGGUUCAUGUUGGAAAAAAUGAAUUUUCUCUACAUUUAACAACCCGGAUCUUAUUGGCAUAAUUGUGUAUAUAAAUAUAAGCCAACCUUCCACUGUGAGCUAGCGGCUAUAGAUUUAAGGUACUUAACAUUAUCAUGAUGUACCUGGGUAUGUGACAAUAUCAUACAUUCCUUGGAUUUAUUCUUUUCUUAUCUUCCAGUUUUAUAUUUUUAAACGCAAAGUAGACAAUGGUAUCUGACUGAAGAAAAUAAAAGCUUUUAUAAAAGGCACAGAAUUAACGUGAAGUAUUUGAAAAAAUGCGGUUGGAUAUUACUUUUUGCCAAGUGCUAAAAGAAUCAAAUAUUUUAUAAUUCGAAAAUCCAUUGUCAGUACUCAUUGUAAGUUCCGACAACCUACAGAUAAUAAUUAGCAUAAAGUUUUGAAAAAAAUAAUAAUGAAAAUAAUUAUUUCUAUAAAACCUUGAAUAAAUAAUUGAAAAUAUUAUUUUUUGUUAUGAACUACCUCAUUAUUUUCUCAUUCUUCGUCUACGUACUAUAAGACUACUACUGUCCGUAUAAGCUUUAUUUAGUGGUAGGAAUAGCAAUGUUAAACAAUCAUGUAAAUAUACACCAUUUAAAUUAUUUUUAUUUUAUAAUCGCGACGUCUGAAGGUACUUUAUUCAAACGAAUUCGUAUCUGUAUAUUCAGGAAAUAUUUUAAAUGUCGAAGAUUUUUACCAUUUACAAAAUUAAUAUGUAAGUGAUAUUAUUGUCCGUCCCCAAAAGUAGUAUACUUAAUCCGUCCAAAUAAUGUAAAAUUAUUUCAACAAUAU